AUGCUCCCAGGCUACAGUCAAGAAUCCUUUCAAUUACUGAGCCACUAUCUGGCGACCACGGCUGAGUGCAUGGCCAAUGGAACAACUCCCGUCAAUCCAUUUUUGGUACAAAUAGUCCCGCUUGCUUUCACCAGUGACCUUCUUCUCCAGCUCGUUCUCACGCAAAGUGCUGCUCAUCGUGCGUUCAGAAGCCGAAAUGAUUCCGACGAAAUUGCUCAAAGCCACUAUACGAAAGCUUUGCAGUUGUUCCGCAAAGGUGUCAACGAAUUCAUCAAUGGCAAGGAAUCUAACUCAUUGAUGUUGACUGUCGGGGCUCUUGUCAUGUGUUUUACAGAGACGGCUAAAGGAGAUAUCAAUGGCACGAUCUUUGAUCAUCUGUCUGCAGCCAACACGCUUUUGACACGGCUAUUGUCUCUUAGUGAUGCAGCCGUGCCUAAAGAACUGAAAGAUUUCGUUAUCGAAUAUUACACUUAUACGGCAGCAGUCAGCAUGAUAUCUAUCGACGCCAGGGUCAGCCAUCAGCUUUUGCUGAAUUUUGAGUUGGAGCAUCGGGCUCGCCAGCUCCUUGACUCUCAAUAUUUGGGCAAUCUCUGCGGUUGCUGGUUGGAACUCCUGCUUCUAAUUCCUUGCAUAUUCGACUUGGGUAGACAAUGGAUGAUGUACGAUGCACAACCAACUAUGCCAUCAGCAGACGAAAUCGCCAUGUACGGCUCACUACAAACGCAGAUUUUGCAGUGGUCACCCUACCCUACCGUCACUCCCGAGGUAUUCCUGGCGGGUCGCAUCUUCCAACAGGCCAUGCUUCUCUACCUAUACACUGCCUUGAGCUCAUUCACGCGGACUGAAAAUGGUAUGCACCAAGGGUUGAUGAACACCGCUAUUGUCGAAGGCAUGAUGUAUUUGAACCAGCUCUCCGCGACAGUGCGAAUCAACUCUGGGCUCUGUUGGCCUAUCGCCGUGAUAGGAUCCUGCCUAUCUCAAGAAGAUCAUCAGGCGGAUUUACGGGACCGACUAACUACAAUGGUGAACACAUUUGGCCUGGGAAAUAUGCAUCGAACGCUUCUCUUGCUUGAGCACAUGUGGCAGAUGCCUCUCGAAGAAGCUGGACCAUGGAACAUAUGUCGAGCGAUGCAAAAAUAUCAAAUAUGGAUCUCAUUUGCAUAA